GAGAGGAGUUUUCAGUUAAAAAAGCUACAAAGCUUCUUCUCUCAUUAUACCCCUUAAGAAGAGAUAACCUCUCUCAGGAAACAUCUAAUUCUAAUCUUCAAAUUAAACAAACACUAGUAUAUGCAAAAGCACAUCAAGCUUUUUAUAUUAAUGAACAUUUGGAUUAUAUUUAUAUAUUCUAUCAACAAGAAGCAAUUAAGAAUCCUUCUGCAUCUGUUAAUGAAAUUGCUUCUACAUUUAGAAAUAUUCAAUCAAAUAGUUUUAUUCGAAUUUUUUUAAAAUUUAUUACAAUCAAUGCACAGUUUCUUGUUUCAACUCUAGAUUUUUUUCAAACUGAAAAAGAACCUGUAUUUCCUUUUAUUGAAACUUGUUUAAACCAACUUGAUCAAUUUUUAAUUAAUAACAAGAAUUCUACUAAUUUUAGAUCUGAUUUAAACACGUUGAUUAUCUCAUUUAAUUUUCAGUCUAAUGAUUUUAUUUUCAUUUUUCAAAGUGUAUUUGACAAAGCUUACCAAAAAUAUGAAACUCAUAUUAUAAAUCAUCCUGCUCGUUCCUUUUUUCAAGAUUCACAAAUUUUUGAUCCAU